AUGUUGAUGAGUCCCCUCCUCCUGGACCUCAAGGCUGGGAAAUUUUUUUGUCAGCUCCCUGCAGUUCAGAAUCGGGGAAAGUACACUCCAGCAAACACAAUGCUGGUCAAAUCUACAGUUGUUCCCGGCUUCUUGCUUUUUCUUCUCUUGCCUGAUUUCUCCUGCUCCUGUCCCAGCCGCUGCUUGUGCUUUAGGACUACAGUAAGAUGCAUGCAUCUGAUGCUGGAAAACAUCCCUGAAGUCCCACCUCAGACAAACAUAUUGGAUUUACGCUUCAAUCGCAUCAAAGAGAUUCAACCUGGAGCCUUCAGGAGACUGAAGAACCUCAACACACUGCUGCUGAACAAUAAUUUGAUCAAACAAAUUGCAAGAAGGUCCUUUGAAGCUCUGCAGAACUUGAAAUAUCUCUACCUGUACAAAAAUGAAAUUCAGAGUAUCCAGCAACAUGCCUUCAAGGGGCUCCAUUCUCUGGAACAGCUUUACCUUCAUUUCAACAACCUGGAAACCUUGGAGCCAGAAACCUUUAGCGACCUGCCCAAACUGGAAAGACUAUUCUUGCACAACAACAAAAUUUCCAGAAUUCAGCCAGGAACCUUCUCUCAACUGGAAUCCCUCAAACGGCUACGGCUGGACUCCAAUGCCUUGCUCUGUGACUGUGACUUGAUGUGGCUGGCCAAACUGCUGAAGAAAUAUUCUGAACAGGGCAAUAUUCAGACAGCUGCCACCUGUGAGAAUCCAAGGGAAUUGCAGGGCCGGUCCAUCACCACCUUGACAACCCAAGAAUUUAACUGUGAGAGGCCUCGCAUCACCACCGAGCCCCAUGAUGCUGAUGUCAAGUUGGGAAACACUGUUUAUUUCACCUGCAGGGCAGAAGGAAACCCAAAGCCAGAGAUCAUCUGGCUACACAACAACAAUGAAAUUGACAUGAAAGACGAUGGGCGCCGUAACUUGCUGCAGGAUGGAACCCUGAUGAUCCAAAACACCAAAGAAUCUGACAAAGGCGUCUACCAGUGCAUGGCCAAGAACAUAGCCGGAGAGGUCAAGACACAGGAAGUAGUUCUGCGCUACUUUGGCACUCCAUCCAAGCCCAGCUUCGUGAUCCAACCCCAGAACACAGAAGUGCUGGUUGGGCAAAGCGUCACCUUGGAGUGUGGGGUCUCUGGGCACCCACCCCCUCACGUCAUCUGGACUCUGGGCACGGGCUCGCCACUCCCGAGCGAUUCCCGCUUCGCCAUCACCGGCUCAGGAGGGCUAUACAUCCAAAACGUCACCUUCUUGGACCAGGGCCAGUACAAUUGCAAUGCCAGCAACUCAGAAGGCUCCAUCCAGGCUACGGCAAACAUUAUAGUGCAAGAUACUCCCAGGUUCCUGGUCAUUCCCAUUGAUCAGACUGUGACUGAGGGGCAAAGCGUGGAUUUCUCCUGCACUGCUGAAGGCCAUCCUCCACCUGUUAUCACCUGGACAAGGGCAGGUGGGCCAUUGCCAAAUGACCGGAGGCACAGUAUCCUCUCCACCGGCACCCUGCGCGUCAUGAGGGUUGCCCUGCAUGACCAAGGCCAGUAUGAAUGCCAUGCCAUCAGUGCCAUCGGAGUCAAGAGCCUCCCGGUGCAGCUUUGGGUGACGCCUCGAGUGAUCCCUGUGUUUCUUCACCCUCCACAAGAUGUGGUAACUGAGACUGGGCAGGAUGUUGUGAUCACCUGUGCUGCCCAAGGAGAUCCACGACCCACCAUCACCUGGGCCAAAGAGGGUAUUCAGAUCACAGAGAGCGGCAAGUUCCAUGUAAGUCGAGAUGGGACCCUAUCCAUUCGAGACCUGGGAGUGGCUGAUCAGGGCAGAUAUGAGUGUAUAGCCAGGAAUACCUUUGGAUUCACGUCCAGCACCAUGCAGCUGACCAUCACUGCCACGGACGUUGGUCGGAGUGGCGACACCUUUGUAGCCACGUCAAUACAGGAAGCCAUCAGCAGUGUGGACCAUGCUAUCAAUUCAACGCGCACUGAGCUGUUUAGCAAGCGACCCAAAACUCCCAAUGACUUGCUGGCACUCUUCCGUUACCCCCGGGACCCUUACACCAUCGAAACAGCCCGGGCUGGCGAGAUCUUCGAAAGAACCUUGCAACUGAUCCAAGACCAUGUCCAGCAGGGGUUGAUUGUGGACAUGAAUGGCACGGGCUACCGUUACAACGACCUGGUCUCCCCUCACUACCUGAACGUGAUCGCCAACCUGUCUGGCUGCUCCGCCCACCGCCGCACGCCCAACUGCUCUGACAUCUGUUUUCACAAGCAGUACAGGACCCACGAUGGCUCCUGUAACAAUCUCCAGCACCCAAUGUGGGGUGCGUCCCUCACAGCCUUCCAGCGCCUCCUCAAGCCGGCCUACCAGAAUGGUUUUAACCUGCCGCGGGGCUUCUCUUUGGCGGAAGACUCCAGGGAGCUGCCCCUGCCGCUGCCUCGUCUCGUCUCCACAGCCAUGAUAGGGACAGAAACCAUCACCUCCGACGACCAGUUCACUCACAUGCUCAUGCAGUGGGGCCAGUUUCUGGACCAUGACAUGGACCAGACGGUGGCAGCCAUCAGCAUGUCGCGGUUCUCGGACGGGGCACCCUGCAGCGAGGUGUGCACCAAUGACCCGCCGUGCUUCUCCGUCGUGAUCCCGGAGAACGACCCCCGGGUGAGGAACGGGCGCUGCAUGUUCUUUGUCCGCUCCAGCCCCGUGUGCGGCAGCGGGAUGACCUCCCUGCUGAUGAACUCCGUCUACCCCAGGGAACAGAUCAACCACCUGACCUCUUACAUCGACGCCUCCAACGUCUACGGCAGCACGGAGCAGGAAUCUCAGGAGCUGAGGGAUCUGAGCAGCCAGAGAGGGCUGCUGAAACAAGGACAGGUGGUGCCCAGCUCGGGGAAACACCUCCUCCCGUUUGCAGUGGGGCCGCCCACCGAGUGUAUGCGGGAUGAGAACGAGAGCCCCGUGCUGUGCUUCCUGGCGGGGGAUCACCGGGCCAACGAGCAGCUGGGCCUCACAGCCAUGCACACCCUCUGGUUCCGGGAGCACAACCGCCUUGCCGCCGAGCUGCAGGCUCUGAAUCCCCACUGGGAUGGGGACACGCUCUACCACGAGGCGCGCAAAAUGGUGGGCGCCCAGAUGCAGCACAUCACCUACGCGCACUGGCUCCCCAAGAUCCUCGGGGAAGCUGGCGUGAAGGUGCUGGGCGAAUACAAAGGCUACGACCCCAACGUCAACGCUGGAAUCCUCAAUGCCUUCGCCACCGCGGCCUUCCGGUUCGGACACACGCUGAUCAACCCCGUCCUGUAUCGGCUGAAUGAAACCUUCCAGCCCAUUCGCCAAGGCCACGUCCCCCUCCACAAGGCCUUCUUCUCCCCUUUCAAGAUCACCCAGGAAGGAGGGAUUGAUCCUCUCCUCCGCGGUCUGUUCGGGGUCCCUGGGAAAAUGCGGGUCCCCUCCGAGCUCCUGAACAUGGAACUGACCGAGAAGCUCUUCUCCAUGGCGCACUCUGUCUCACUGGAUCUGGCAGCAAUCAACAUCCAGCGGGGGAGGGACCAUGGCAUCCCCCCAUACAAUGACUUCAGGGUCUUCUGCAACCUCACGUCGGCACAGGAGUUUGAAGACCUCCGUAACGAGAUCAAAAACCUGGAGAUCAGGGAAAAGCUCAGGAGUUUAUAUGGGACUACCAAAAACAUUGACCUGUUUCCAGCACUGAUGGUGGAAGAUCUUGUCCCUGGGACCAGAGUUGGACCAACAUUGAUGUGCCUGCUAGCAACACAGUUCCGAAGACUCAGAGAUGGGGAUAGGUUUUGGUACGAGAAUCCUGGAGUCUUCACCCCAGCCCAGGUGACUCAGAUAAGGCAGACGUCGCUGGCUCGCAUCAUCUGCGACAACAGCGACCAUGUCCGACAGCUCCAGAGGGACGUGUUCCAGGUGGCAUCCUACCCCCAAGGCAUGGUCAACUGCGAGGAGAUCCCGGCGGUUGAUCUCCGCAUGUGGCAGGACUGCUGCGAAGACUGCAGAACCAGAGGGCAGUUCAAUGCUCUUUCUCAGCAAUUCCGGAGCAAGAGGUCUCCCAGCUUCAGCUACCCAGAAGAAAACCCUUCUAAGCACAACCCUGCUGUCCCAAGAAACGAAGAGUCUUCCCAUGACCAUUCUUCCCAGCCGGACCUUGAGUCCUUUGUGGCUGACCUAGAAAAGACCGUCUCUUUCCUACGGAAACAGGUCAACGCCUUAGAAGGUCAGCUGAGGUGGUGGCAUAGAAGCACUAAUGAAUAUAGACGGUGGAAGAAGACUGGAGAGAAACGGAGAAAAAGAUGAUGACCCCAUCUGCUAAUGUGAGGUUAUUUCAGGUGAUCUGUACGCUUCACACUGCUCACCUCUCAGCCAAUCUUCUCCACCCCAACAUCACAGCCAGCGAGAACAACGUUCCAUCCAGUCUGACGCCUCCUGUACCACUCCACCGCAGAGCAACUGUGCUUUCCCUGGUACCUGACUCUCUGCACUGACAGCUUAGAGCCCCUGAACCAUCUCUGCCCCCCUCCGCCGCAGGGGAAAGGUUCCUCCCAGGAGUUCCAGCCUGCAAACCUCUGCACUGCCCUGGUUUAGGCAAGCAGACCAUGUGCUCCUAGGAUCUCGCUUUUCACCAGCACUUUUCGCCCUCACUCAGAAAGCGGAGACAAGUUAAAACUGCUUCGAUGCCGUCAUCCUGUACGCUUUCCUCCUCCCGCUGCUUUUGCAGCAGGUAUUCCCAGGGCACCCAACCCCAUUGGGAACAUAGCGUACCUAGCAACACUUCGCCCAGACGAGCCGUCUCAGCCAGCAGGGUCAGCAAGGAUUUGGAAAAUCUGAUCUCACGUGUUUAAAUUUUAAAAAAUCCUCUUCUUAUGUAAUUGAGCGAAUGAGAGCUUCAGGGACUGUGAAGCACAACUGGCAUGGCCUGCAGUUAACGCAAGCAGUGACAAGAAACCCCCCCAUCCAUUGGAAAUAUUCCUCCCAUCCUGGGCGUAGAGUCCGGUGCAUGAGAAUGCGGUACUGGAAACAGAAAGGAGGUCCGCUACCCUUGAUGCUUUACUUCCUCACUCAUUUUAAAACUAGUGGAAUCUCCCCCAAUUAAAUCUCUGCGAGCGAAUCUACCUUUUGCUGCCCCAUGGUCACAAACGUUUUCUUUCGGUCUGGACUGCUCUCUCCACGCUUCGACCUUUACGCGUUUUAGCUGGGUGUGUGUUUCCAUUCGUCUUUACCCUCCUAAGGCUUUCAGCUGGAAGAUGUAUUUACAGUGUAAAUGUAACAGGACCUGACACACAACCGCAGAUAAUUAAAUGUAACAGCCCUCUAGUUAAUAGCCAGGAGCGGCUGUGUUCCAUCAGUUAGCUACGUGGAGAAUACCGUGUGCUGUAUUUGACACAUUAAUGAAUGUAAAGUGUUGCUUGUAUUUAUUAUUCCCAGGUGCUCCACAGCUAAACAAGAAAUAUGUAACCAGCUUUGGGGGGCUACUUUGGAGGUGCUUUUCAGUGGUGCUAUAAUUUAAACCCAUGGGACUCCAGGGUAGCCUGAAACUUGUCAGUCACGGGCAGAUAGUUUUUUUUUUUCUAAGAACAUACCUGAGUCCUUAGUUGUUAUCUCUGUUCCUCCCAUCAUCCCUCUCUUUUUCCCACCCUGUAUCCUCCCCCUUCCCACAGUACAAGGAUCAUAAACUUUUCCAAAUAUGCUUGUUCUUUUUUUUUCUUCUUUUUAGGCCUGUUACUGAAUCGAAGGGACCCAAAGCCUGUGUUGCCCCUGCUAGGACUUGGAAGUUAUUAGGAAAA